AUGCCCAGCGCUGCCCAAACCGCGGCGAGAGCAGCGGAGCAGGGGGGACGGGCAGCCGCCACACACAUCUGCCGUGCUCAGAAGUUUAUACUGACGGGGUUACAAGCACGAACAGUAAGAAUUAACAGAAGUUCCGCCGCAGCGGAGCUGGCCCGCCCCGCCCUGCCCACCGGAGCCCCCCUCACCGGCCGGAGCCCCCCUCACGGCCGGAGCCCCCCUCACCGGCCGGAGAUCCCCCUCACCGGCCGGAGAUCCCCCUCACCGGCCGGAGAUCCCCCUCACCGGCCGGAGAUCCCCCUCACCGGCCGGAGAUCCCCCUCACCGGCCGGAGCCCCCCUCACCGGCCGGAGAUCCCCCUCACCGGCCGGAGAUCCCCCUCACCGGCCGGAGAUCCCCCUCACCGGCCGGAGAUCCCCCUCACCGGCCGGAGAUCCUCCUCACCGGCCGGAGCCCCCCUCACCGGCCGGAGAUCCCCCUCACCGGCCGGAGAUCCUCCUCACCGGCCGGAGCCCCCCUCACCGGCCGGAGAUCCCCCUCACCGGCCGGAGAUCCCCCUCACCGGCCGGGGCACGGCACUCCCCGUCCUCCCGCCGCACCUGCGGCCCCGCGGCCCCUCAGCCCUCGCCCACCCUCGGUGGCUCCCUCCCCGCCAGCCCGGCCCCGCUGCCCCUCGCCCACUCACCGACCCCCGGCCGCCCGCCGCCGGCCCCUCACUCCCGGCCGCCGCCCGCCUUUGUUGCCGCCGCGGCCGAGGCGUUUAAGGCGCUGAGGCGAGGGGAGGCGGGGGCCGCGGCUGAGGCGGGGGAGGCGCCGCCGCCAGCCCGGCUGCCUCGGCGGGCACGGGGCAUCCUCCUCGCCAUCCCCGCCCCUCGGCACCGCCGCGGGGAGGAGCGGCGGCAGUCCCCGGCACGGCGCGGUGCUCCUCGGCCGGGAGCGGGGGUGGCAGCGGGCCGGCAGCGAGGGGUCGCUCGGUGCCGCGCACCCCGGGACAGAGCGCCCCGCAGCCGGCAGCAGCCCCGGUGA